AUGAGACUACGAGGGCGGAGAGUGGUGCUGUUGAUUGCAGGAGCCCUGCCAUUGCUGGCCGAAGAUGACAUUGCUGUGGGAGUCCAUGCGGAAGCUGCACUGCAACAUGUAUCACAAUUACCAGAAGAAGAACCAGACGGCAAUAUCCAAGCUACCGAGUCUCUGCACGAGGAAACGCUUUCCCUGCUACCGCUCAAUUUACUGCAAGUAGAAGCCGAGUUUUCAGGGGAACCCACCUAUGUGCAAGGCAAGGGUAGAAUUGUCGAGUCGGCAACAGCUGAUGUGGACCAAGUACCGGUAGUCAUAGAAGCAGUGGGGGAGACGACUGCCAAGGAACCUCCAGAUGACGAGGAUAACAACGACAAAAUUGACGAAGAAGAAGAAGAAGAAGCUACAAUAGAACAAGAAGCAAAUGAGAAAGGAGAGGACACUGGCAGCGCUACAGCUACGAACAACACUGAUGACAAUCAUCAAACUGCCAGUGAUACCGAUGACAAAGAGCAAGAAGAAGAAGAAGACAAGCAAGAAGACAAUCAAGAAUCAGAUGCUGCAGAUGAGCUUGACUCUCCCCAAGAUGACAGCGGCGAAGCAGAGGAAGCUGCAGGCAUUACAGGAGAAGAAGCAGACCAAAGCUCAGACAAUGCUACCAAAGACAGCGAUGAUUUUGCGGAAGCAGAAAGGGUUCCCACUGAACCCGAAAACAACAACAACAACAGCAGCAACAAUACAGUGUCAGAGGAAACUACUGCAACUGAGAAUGCCAACGACACUGCCCCUAUUGACGCGCACAAAGACACGACAACACACUCGACUACCAAAAAAGAAAAAACCGAACCCGAGCUCAACAAAAUACUCCAAGUCGACUAUGCCAGUAAAUCGGCGGGAGCCCUAGUAUUGGAAAAGUCGUCCAAUUUCAAGGGCACGUCCAAUCUGCUCAAUGGGGACCGCGAUCGAUACGCCAUUGCCCCGUGCUCGGAAAACCCCAAGUUUGUAGUCGUCAGUUUAUCCGAGGAUAUUCUGGUCAAACAGGUCAAAUUGGCCAAUUACGAACUAUACUCGUCUCGUGUCAAAGACUUUGAAAUACAAAUCAGUCAGACCAUGGGGAACUGGGUCGACUUGGGAUCCUACACGGCCAGUCCAGCGAGUGGCAUUCAGACGUUUGAUUUGGAGGAACCCGCUUGGGGACGAUACCUCAAGUUCACAUUUAACAGCCAUUAUGGGGAUGAGUUUUAUUGUACCCUCAGUCAACUCAUGGUACACGGAAGUACAAUGGUGCAGGGUUUUCACGAACAUUUACAAGAAACCAAUGAGGAGGAAGACAUUAUCAUGAAUGAACUCGAAAUGGAUGUUGGCAGCACGGAGGACGACGAACCAAAAGACAGUCCUACUGCGAUCAAGGAUGCGGACAGCGUGGUGGAAGGAACCGGAGAAAAAUCGGCUGCUGCCACAAGUAGUAGUGCAAGCGAGAAUCAGCCUACACAUGGACCGGCGGUAGGAGAUGUGGAUAGUGGCAGCGAUAGUCCACAAGAUACAUCCACAACAGCAGAAGCACGAGUAGACGCUGACGCCUCGGAAACGCACGAAAUAGAUGUAGCAGCAGGAGAAAAGGAGUCCAGCGAUGCCGCUGCUGUCGAGCAUACUACCAAAGUCGGCGAGGAAGAAAUUUCAACCGAUGAAACAACAGAUGCCGAUGGCGCGGGGGAAACCUCGGAGGAACCUGGCAACGAAAUGUAUACUGGCACUGUGCUUCCGGCGGCAUCUAUUGGCCUGUCGUCGUCCAAUGUAUUCAGCACAAUUGUUGGCAGUCUGGAGCCACUGCACUUGAAGGGGGUCCAUCGCUUGAGUGAGCUGGGUUCUCCCGCGUUUCCAGAUUCGGAGAAGUUGCACAAUAUUCUGGCAAAGGCAACAGACUCGACGAUUGCGAUCAAAAACGCGCUGACUGAUCCGGCCAUAUUGGAAAACCUUCAGGCUUGGGGAGUGGAACGGACCAACCACCUUGGUCGUGAGAGUGUUCCACCCGAAGCGUUUGGGUCCUCAGCCAUUGGUCCCAGAGAGCAAACACUUGCCGAAAAGCUGACGGAGUACAUUCAAGACAUUGACAAUAGCCAAACAAUGAGACCGUUCCAGAAAGACAGCGUCAAUGAUGCGUCUCCAGGGGCGUUGGCCGGUGCACAGAACGACGGGAUUGAGAUUGAGGAAAAUGACAAUGACUCGGAGGACGACGAGGACGAAACAGAAGAAGUACUACAUCAAAAUGCAACUGUUGUGGCUCAGUCGGAUGCACCGCCGAAAAGUAACGGGCUGGGGCUCGAUUCGUACGCUUCGUUGCAUGACAAAGACUUGGCCCUUGCGACCUUGUUAGAAAAGCUCCCCAGCAUUGAAUGUUUGAAAAAGCUCGACUUUCACGCUUUCAAGGAAAAGGCAAUGGCGUCCAGAAGAGGCGCUCACGGCGGAAGUGGAAGCGCAGCAGCAGGACAUGCAAUGGAGCCAAUCUUCAAAAUGUUGACUGACCAGAUCAAAACGUUGCAGUCAAAUCUUUCAGUCCAUGACCAAUUCACGAAAGAAGCGGUGCAGUGCUACCAGAAAGUUCUGCUGGAUGUGGUUGUGGAAAUGCAAUCGCUGAGGAUGAACCACGAAGCACGUCUUGCGAAGCUCGAGCAAGAUCUACAAGAAACAAAGACGGUCCGAUGGGUUUUCGUCCUUUAUCAAUUGAUCAUGGGACUCCCGAAUUGGGCGUCUUUGUUUGCUGCAACCUUCUUUACGUCGUUUGUAUCUCCAGCCGCAAUUGCAAGGCCACUGGAGAUUGUGGAAGUGUUUCUUCAAAGGCAUAUCUCUAAUGAGGUGCAUAGUGUUCUCAGCUGGACAAUCACAGCUUGCAUCAUGCUGCUCUCCAUUGUAUCAACAGUUUCGUUGUGUCAACGGAUUGUGACCGCGUUGCGUAGUUACAAAGCAAAGUUCUCCCCAACCAUCCCAGCCAGGAAAGAACCUUCGGAGGAAGUGAGCUGUCGUUUGUCAGUUGAGAACGAGAACGGAGAGAUGAUCUCGGUCUGCUCUGCUCAUUCUGAAGCUGAAGAAGCUGGCGAGGAUCUACAGCGAGACGAGGCGGAAAUCUCAGAUGCGGAGGACGUCACCAGAGAGGUUCAAGGUGGGGCUGCAACUUUUCAGGAUAGCCUAUCGAAAUUGCCUGCGAGCCCAUCGUCUGUCGCAAACCUCACUGAGUGCAACGCUAAAAAGACACUACCGAAUGACCAGCUGGAUCCUGAGCAGCCAGAGAGGCACGACAUUUCAAUGGCAGAGUCUUGGGUUGGCUCCGAUCAGAAUCAAAGUCUCCCUCCAGUGAAGAAUCAAGAAGAGAUUGCUGAUGGUCAAGGCGAGGAAGGGGGGUUGGAAGACUCGGCGACAGCAGACGGAGGCACCGAAGCGAGGGCUUCGAAUGGUGGGGAGACUCCGGAUACCACGCAGCGCAAAUCAGCUGAGAGCCAACGCGGGGACUCAGACAACAACGAGGCAGCCAAGGAAGGUUGUGCUGCUCCUUCGAAUUGCAACGGUGGCCACGAGAGUUUAGCUGAGCGGCCUCUGCAAGAAGCUGAAGUAGCAGAAGAUGAUCAGGCCGCUGCUUGCAGCCACGAAACGACCCCUGAAGAUCUUAAGGGUAGUGCUGUUCACGAAAGCUGUGACACUACCGUAGCAGAAGAGACGAGUUCCAAAGGCGAAAGCUGCUGCGACACUGUAUCUGUAUACAAAUCGGGCGGUGACGACAUCCUCGAAACUCCAUCUGAAGGCCAGCAGGGUGCUGAAACGAACGGAAGAAUGUCAGACACAGGGCAUCAAAGUGAAGUUGUGGAAGUCAUUACAACGCAGCAAGAAUUGGUUACGGAAGCUGAUAUCGCUUCAAGAGGAGCCCCGCCAUUGGAUGCUGAAGUAGAAGCCAAUCAGGAGACUGAAGUGGCUACCAAGCAUAAGGAUGCCAAUGGGGAAAGCGAACCAAACGACUGUGGACGGGGAAAAGAACCUGAAGACGAUGUGGCAAGCGCAACAAAAGACUGCGGACACACAGGUUCACAGGAGGAGCUAAGUCGGAGCACUUCAUCGAACGCGAUUGAGGAAAGUAUUCCUCUUGUCCCUGUCUCAGCUGUGGACUGUUAG